AUGCUCCUCGCCCGAUCGAGGUUCUACUUCAACGGCAACCUCGCCGUGCUGCAGGCCAAAACCACAGCCGCCAAGGUGGCCUCCAAGACCUCGGCUCUGCCUGCCCUCACUCUGGGUCGAAAGGUCGCUUCUGUGUCUCGUGGAGGCGUUCUCGGCGCUCUAACUCGAGCGUCAGCCCCCAGACUCGACAAGACCCGUCAAUUCUCCACAGUCGCUGCCCUGUACCAGCGAUCCAACGUCCACGUGAUUAAGCCUCGAGAAUCCGAUCCCAAUGAGGACCCCAAGGCCUCUCCCAGAAAGUGGCCUGUCAACUCGUCCAAGUGGGCUGGAUACUGGCUCAUUGCCUCCGCUGUCUCUGUCUUUGGUAUUGUUGUUCUCGGCGGUCUGACUCGUCUGACUGAGUCUGGUCUGUCCAUCACGGAGUGGAAGCCUGUCACAGGAUCCCUGCCUCCCAUGAGCGAGGCCGACUGGAUCGAGGAGUUUGACAAAUACAAGGACUCCCCCGAGUUCAAGCUGCUCAACUCCAACAUCACCCUUUCCGAGUUCAAGUUCAUUUUCUGGAUGGAGUGGGCCCAUCGUCUGUGGGGUCGAUUCAUUGGUCUCACCUUUGUGCUCCCUGCCGUCUACUUUGUUGCCCGAAAGCGAGUCUCUCCCAAUAUCGCCGGCCGUCUCGGUGUCAUUUCUAUCCUGCUUGGUCUCCAGGGAGCCAUUGGAUGGUGGAUGGUGAAGUCGGGUCUUGACAACAAGUUCAUGGAGACAGAUAACUCUCACCCUCGAGUAUCCCCCUACCGACUGGCCACCCAUCUUGGAGCGGCGUUUGUUCUGUACUGGGCCAUGCUCUCCACUGGUGUUCAGGUUCUGCGAGAAUCCCGAUGGAUCGCCAACCCAUCUUCUGCAGUUGCUGACUUCGCCAAACUCAACAAUCCUAUCCUCAAGCCCUUCAAGCGAUACACUACAGUCUUCUGCGGCCUUGUGUUCCUCACUGCCAUGUCCGGAGCCUUUGUUGCGGGUCUCGAUGCCGGAAUGAUCUACAACACCUUCCCCUUCAUGGGAGAGGGAAUUGUUCCCCCCAAGACCGAGCUCAUGGACCCUCUGUUCGCCCAAAAAAAUGACAAAUCUGAUCUUUGGUGGAGAAAUAUCUUCGAGAACCCCGUGACUGUCCAGUUUGACCACCGAGUGCUCGCCACUACGACAUUCUGCGCGUCCUUUGCUCUGCUGCUGAUGUCUAACAGAUUCAAGCCCUUCUUGCCCCGAAAGGCUUUCCUGGCCUGCCACUCCAUCAUGGGUAUCGCUAUGGUUCAGGUCACUCUGGGUAUUUCCACUCUGAUAUAUCUUGUCCCCACUCCUCUGGCUGCCGCUCACCAGGCCGGAGCUCUUGCUCUGUUGUCUGCGGCAGCCUACCUUGGAGCCCAGCUCAAGCGACCCCGAGUGCCCUUCCAGAACAUUGUUUCUCGAUUGCACAAUGCCUCUGUCGUUAAGAACGGCUUUGAGGAGGUUGCCAAGAACCAAUACAAGAGAAAGACAACCAAGUUGCCCGGCUCUCUUUAA